AUGGAUGCAGCUAAUUCAGAAAAGAUCAGCCUGAAGCUACUCGUAGACAGAAAUGAAAACAAAGUUAUAUUUGGAGAAGCUGGCAAGGAUUUUGUUGACUUCCUUUUCUAUGUUCUUACUCUUCCGGUGGGCACAGUUGUGACACUCCUCUCCAAAGAGAAAAUGGUAGGCUCUUUGGGGAAAAUAUACGAAAGCAUCGAAUCCAUGCAGGACAACUACAUGCAGCCAGACCUGAACAAAGAUCACGUUCUGCAUCCAAAUGUUUAUUCGAAAAUUGAAUUAGGAGAUACUGCAUUGUUGUUAGGCAACGAAAGAAAGGGUGAGCAGCUUAAACGCGCAAAGUAUCUGUACAGAUGUAGUUCCGGUUGUGCAUAUGCAAGUGAUAAGCAGGUGAAGUGUACUAAUUGUGGGAGAAGUAUAAAUUCGCAGAUGACAUACGUCAAGUCUGAGGAGAAUGAGGAGGCAGCUGAAGUCCGGAAGGGAGGUUUUGUACAAGAUCUGGUGACUUAUAUGGUUAUGGAUAAUCUUGUGGUGAAGCCUAUGUCUAAUGUCUCUUGUGUUACUUUGCUCAGCAAUUGUGGUGUUAAGGACUUGGGAGCUCUGGAGACCGUGGAGGUUUCCUUUGGAAAGAAUGAGAAAAUGGAUCUUGAUAAGAGGAGUCCUAAAGAGUCUACUGCAUCGGAGAAUCCAGAUAAAGGUUAUGAAAUAUGA